AUGGAGGACAACGAUGGAAGUCUAUUACAUAACCCACACCACCGCAAGUCGUCGUCGUCCAUCCAUCCUCACCCUCUCCCCGCUCUCACGCACACUCCGCCAAGUUCCGCUCCUACUACGACACAUUCUCCCGCGUCUCCGACGGCACAACCCGUAUCUCCUACUAUGAACACUUCACAACCAGGUUUUGCACCACCUAUUACGAUUGUAUUCGAUCGGUUAUGCAGUGGCUCGUUGGGUAUGAGCACGCCAGUACAUAGUCCGCAUACGGUUGCUAUGGAUACGACCGAGGAUGGAGGAGAAAUACAAAUGGAGGAGGAACAGGGUGCUCAGGAGCGUACGCACAGAGAGACCGUCUAUGUCGAACAACAAAAGACUGGCAAACAACCGGAAAGGAGGGGUAGUGGUCAGAGCAGCAGAAACAGAAAGAAGAGGAGGCAGCAGUAUUCGUAUAGAACUCCGGAUUCUCAUCGGGUUCCGGAUUCGCCCAAUUCUUUGGGUAAAUACGACACAGAAGACGAGUUCGGGGAUGGGAUGAGCAUCGACGAUAAUCGGUGUGAUACUUGUGUGGAUUGUGACAUGGGCUCUUCAGUAGAUUCUCUUAAAAAACUCUUAAUGACAUUUCCGGCGAUGUCUCCGGCUCGCUUGGACGCUAUAUUACCGAUUCUACUGGAUAAUGACAUAGAUCACCCUGAUAUUUUACUUUUAAUAGAAAAUGAGCAAUAUCUUAGGGAUCUACAUAGCAAAAACGGUUCAGAACUCUCACGGGGUAACUGUCUAUCUAUCUGGCAUGGUAUUCAAGAACACCGACAGAACGCAUCAAUGCAUACACCCAAAUCCUUCACAUCAUCAUCAUACUCUCCUCCCGCACAUUUGACGUCUCUUCGCUCAGACAUAAUACUCACACAUCCGCCCAGAUCUAAAAAAGCCCGAAUGGAAUCAGCCAUGGACAGGGAUGACGAUAGUUCGUCGGUGUCGAAUCUGUCGCUAUCAUCUCUCGACCAUUCGCAUGACCAUAAUCACCACACUCAUAAUCACGGACAUCAGCUCAGACGUCACAACAGUCCAAGUCCGGCACCCACUCCCACACCAACACCGCCGCCAACGUCAUUUCCGACAACUACCAGGCAGAACAGGCAAAGAGUAAAAGCACCCAAGUUGAACAUGUCCACAAUUGAAGAAGUACACACACGGGUGGAUAUUGUUCUCGCCGAAGUAGCCAGGGAGAAUGAGCGCCGACGCCAAAUAGCUUCUACAAAGACUACGGGUGGGCAUCAUCCAAGAUUAAAGUUUGAAGACUUUGUCGGAGAAUUGAAACAGGCGCACAAGAUUCCUGUUGCGUUUGGGACGUUGAGAGAUAUGCGAUUUGCAUAUAUUUUGAAGAAGCUGAAUCCGGUGAAAUAUGACGAAGUGUUGGCGAGCAGAUGUGUAAAUGUGACAGAGUUUUAUAGGAGAUGUCAAGAAGUGUGUGAGGAGAACUUUCAGGAGGACGCAUUGGAGAGUGCAUUACCAUGGUUGGAGUUGAAAAGUAAAUUGUAUUAUAAGUAG